AUGACUACAGUACCGACCGGCGACCCUCAGGAUGCCAUUACAACAAUUAAAAAUGAUGGAGAUAUUGUUGUAUCAGAUAAUAAACUUCCAACGAAUAUGACUGAUGCUGGUCCUGAUACCUUUCGUGGUAAAGUGAAAAAAAUGGCUAACGAUGCUAUGGCUAAUAAUCCAUAUUUUGCCGCAGGUGGUGGGCUGAUGCUGCUUGGUUCUGGUUUGGCCAUCGCACGAUCAGGUUUUCUCAAAUUAAGUAGAGUACUUUAUACACAAAUGAUUGUUGAUUUAGAGAUUCAAUCGAAGGAUAAAUCGUAUGCAUGGUUCCUGACAUGGAUGGGAAGAUACCCUAAACGAAUCUCCAAACAUCUCUCUGUAAAUACAAACUAUAUCCAGCACGAUAAUGGUGCAAUUACUACUAAAUUUUCUUUAGUUCCAGGUCCUGGAAAUCAUUGGAUCAGAUAUAAAGGUGCAUUCAUAUUGAUUAAAAGAGAAAGGUCAGGUAGAAUGAUAGAUAUUGUAAAUAGUUCACCAUAUGAGACUGUAACCCUAACUACCUUAUAUAGAGAUAGACAUCUUUUCGAUGAUAUCUUAAACGAGGCUAAAAAUAUUGCAUUAAAAACAAACGAAGGUAAAACAGUCAUAUAUACAUCAUUUGGACCUGAGUGGAGAAAAUUCGGUCAACCAAAGGCUAAGAGAGCUUUACAAUCUGUUGUUCUAGAUGAAGGUAUCAAAGAAAAAAUUGUUAGUGAUGUGAAUGAAUUUAUGCAUAAUGGUAAAUGGUAUUCUGAUAGAGGUAUUCCAUAUAGAAGAGGUUAUUUAUUAUAUGGUCCACCAGGAUCAGGUAAGACUAGUUUUAUUCAAGCAUUAGCAGGGGAGUUAAAUUAUAAUAUUUGUAUCUUAAACCUAUCUGAAAACAAUUUAACUGAUGAUAGAUUGAAUCACCUAAUGAAUAACAUGCCAGAAAGAAGUAUAUUACUAUUAGAAGAUAUCGACGCUGCAUUCAAUAAGAGAAAUCAAACUGAUGAAAAUGGCUUCCAUUCCAAUGUUACAUUUAGUGGGUUAUUGAAUGCGUUAGAUGGUGUAACUUCUUCUGAAGAAACUAUUACAUUUAUGACAACAAACCAUCCAGAGAAACUAGAUGCUGCAAUAAUGCGUCCAGGUAGAAUUGAUUUUAAGGUCUAUGUAGGCAAUGCUUCAUUAUUCCAAGUUAGACAUAUGUUCUUAAAAUUCUAUCCUGGUGAGCAUGAACUCUGUGAGCAAUUCCUGUCCAGAUUUGAAAAACUCAAGAUAUCGGUAAGUACUGCUCAAUUGCAAGGAUUAUUUAUUAUAAAUAAGGAUAAGCCUAUAGAUGCUGUUGAAAUGAUAAAUACAUUAUCUGCCUCAAGUACAAUAACUCAACCCCAUCAACACAUCCUGUAA